AUGGAAAGCCAGAGCAAUGUCUCAGAAUUCAUUCUUGUGGGACUUUCUUCUGACGAGAACAUACAAACAUUUUGCUUUGUGCUUUUCUCAUUCUGUUAUAUUGGCCUGUUGAUAGGAAACUUUCUGAUUCUUAUUUCUAUUAAAUGUAGUCCUCUUUUUCAGCAACCUAUGUAUUAUUUCCUCAGCCACUUAUCUUCCAUGGACAUCUGCUAUACCUCUAGCGUUACACCCAAAUUAAUUGGUGACCUGCUUGUGGAAAGAAAAACCAUUUCCUAUGGUAAUUGCAUGUUACAGGUUUUUUCCAUGCAUUUCUUUGGGAUGAUUGAAGUCUUAAUUCUUACAGUCAUGGCCUUUGAUCGCUAUGUUGCCAUCUGCAAACCUCUCCACUACAUGAGUAUCAUGAGCUGGACAAGAUGCAAUUUCCUAGUCUUAGCUUCUUGGGCUGGUGGAGCCGUUCACGCCUUUCCUCAAUUUUCUAUGAUAAUCCAGUUGCCUUUCUGUGGUCCUAAUGAAAUUGAUCACUAUUUUUGUGACAUCUUUCCUUUGCUGAAAGUUGCCUGUACCGAUACCUACAUCACUGGUGUCAUUAUGCUUGUCAAUUCGGGAAUGGUGACCUUAACAUUUGUGGUUUUAUUUUUUUCUUAUGUCAUUAUAUUAUUCACUUUAAGACAUCACUCAGCUGAAGGAAGGCGCAAAGCCCUCUCCACCUGUGGCACUCACAUCACUGUGAUAGUUUUAUUUUUUGGACCUUCAAUCUUUGCCUAUCUUCGACCUCCCACCACUUUCCCUGAGGACAAAGUAUUUGCACUGUUUUACACCAUCAUUGCUCCUAUGUUUAAUCCCUUAAUCUAUACGCUAAGAAAUUCAGAGAUGAAAAACACCAUGAGAAAAGCCUGGUGUCAAACAUCAUAG